AUGAGUAGAAAAAGAUCAGAAAAUGAGAAUGAUUCAGGACCAGUCACUCCUCAUGUCCCGGUGGAUAGAUUCGGUGUCCUGAAGCAAGAACAUGGCAAUUCUCCAGAGCGUUUCAGCAGCAAGUCUAGAUUGGCAUCAUCCACUGACCAUGACAGAGAGGAGAGAAAGGUGAGAAAAUGGAGGAAGAUGAUUGGUGUUGGAGGUAGUGAUUGGAAGCAUUAUGUGAGGAGAAAACCUAAUGUUGUCAAAAGGCGUAUACGAAAAGGGAUCCCGGAUCGCUUGAGAGGUCUUGUUUGGCAGUUAAUCUCAGGAAGCCGAGACCUUUUGCUUAUGAAUCCUGGUGUUUAUGAGCAAUUGGUGAUUUAUGAGACAUCGGCAUCAGAACUUGAUAUCAUUAGAGACAUAUCCCGUACUUUCCCAUCACAUGUUUUCUUUCAGAAGAGACAUGGACCUGGACAAAGAUCCUUGUACAAUGUCCUCAAGGCGUACUCAGUUUAUGACAGAGACGUUGGAUAUGUUCAGGGGAUGGGUUUUAUAGCCGGUCUGUUGCUCCUUUAUAUGAGCGAAGAAGAUGCGUUCUGGUUACUAGUUGCAUUACUCAAAGGAGCUGUUCAUGCUCCAAUGGAAGGAUUGUAUCAUGCAGGGCUUCCACUUGUACAGCAAUACUUGUUUCAGUUAGAAAACUUGGUAAGAGAAGUAAUUCCAAAGCUGGGAGAACAUUUUACAGAAGAAAUGAUAAAUCCGAGUAUGUAUGCAAGUCAAUGGUUCAUCACCGUCUUCUCUUAUUCGUUUCCUUUCCCUUUGGCUUUACGGAUAUGGGAUGUGUUUCUCUCUGAGGGUGUUAAAAUCGUGUUCAAAGUCGGAUUGGCAUUGUUGAACUAUUGCCAAGAGGAGUUGGUGAGUGAAGUCUUUCUCAAGAGCUAUAAGUUCAUUUUGCUAAGCUAA